GUCACUCAUGUUAGGUUGGCUAGACAAUUUAGACAUCUAACCUAUAAUUUAAAUGCUAAUUUCGACAAUUAUGAAAAAAGCACUGACAAUUAAAAAAAUAUUACGUAGUUAACAAUAAUUACUUCAAAAGUUACUCAUAAUGUGAUAUUAGACAUAGUUUAAAUAUAAACGCCAGCCAAAGUUCUACUAAAAACAUUUCGAAGUGUGGCAAAAUUCAGCGAAAAAAAAUAUGUCUUCUUCAGACUCUGAGGUUUCUGAUAACUCUGUCGAAUACGAGCAUUAUGGUUUAGAAUUCUACGAAGAUCAGUACGACGACGACCCACAAGGACCACCUUUGAUUAAAACAAAAUGUCGUUUAAUCGCCGCCGUCGUCCAAAACCAAGUGGGCGUCCUCAGCGACCUCCUCGAUUCUCCCAGGUGGUACAACGUUCGAGACUCUUGCGGUUACAGUUUACUCCAAAUUGCAAUUCUUACAGACAACACUGAAGUUUUUGAUUAUAUGUUAUCCAUCCCGGAUUUUCCUCUUGAUUUCGUGAACAGAGAAGGCCAAACAGCGUUGGUACUUGCACUUGAUUGUUAUGUGAGUAAUAUUGAUACUUGGACGAAGGAGCAUUUUGCAUAUGAACUAAUCAAAAAAGGUGCCUGCAUUGAUAAAGUUUAUUUUGAAGGAGAUACACCGUUACACUGUGCCUUAGAUCGUGAUUACUUUAGAGCAGCUAAGCUCCUUAUAGAACGGGGGGCUGAUAUUAAUGCUCCCAAUUCGGAACAAGACACCCCUCUUACCAGAACCUUGUACAAAGAUGAAAGUGAAUUAAUGAUGACUCUGUUGGUGUAUGGAGCACAACCUACAGUCUUCAAUUUUGAACAAUCUGUUUUAGAUAAUAGCUCUUUUGAAGUACAAGAAACUCUAUUUUUGUACAUUUAUGAUGAGUAUUCGAACCUGGAGUUGCGCCUGGAAGUAUUGCUAAAGCUUGCUGAGGAGAAAUCGCCACUGUUUUACCACAUUAUUCAAUGCCCUAUUAAAGUAACAAUUCAGCAUGAGUCUUUAAAUCUCUACUUUCGCCUUUUGUGUUGCAUAAGCAUCAAUUGUCUGCUUCUCAUUAUUCAAAAAUUUGGCCACUGUAUGAAUAAGGUGUUUUCAAGAAACAUAUUUUCACAAUCUUAUUACGGGGGUGGCGAGGGCAAGAUUAUUUGUUUUGGAAACUUAAGAAUGAUGCUCAACAGCGCAUUAAGACCAAGUGUAAUAACUCUUAUUAAAAAUGUGAAAAGUAGCGUGAUACUUGAGGAUUUGAUAGCGCUUGGAUAUAGCGAAGGUGCCUUAACUCGACUCUACUGUUAUUUAUUAAGUUAUGGGUUGAACAUUCAAGAGUUAGAUUUGCAAAUUAUAUAUAGAGAAUUCGGUUACUGCGAAUUGUUUAAAAUUUUUUUACACAUGGACGUACAAAUGAGCUUUUUUCUAGAAGAAGACGAAAAAAAGGUGGUGCCUGUUUUCGUGUAUGAUAUUAAUAUGAAUUUAGAACGUUUUUUCCAACAACAGAGUAGUUAUGAAGCGGAUAGUGCUUAUAUAUUACGACAUUAUUUCGUCCAUCCGAAAUUAAAUGAAAUUUGUUACCAGAUUGAUCAAAUGAUGGGUAAUUCAGCAGUACAGAAUUUUCCAGAAAUUCCUCUGUUGGUAGAACUAGCGCGAAAUGUUUUUAGGAAAUAUUUUAUAAAAAAAUUUAACAUUAAAACGUGCAAAGAGUUUUAUUCGAGACUCAACGGCCUGCCAAUUAGUAAGAUACACAAAAAGAUUAUUACAUAUGAAACAAAAUUGUAUUAAAAAUAUUUUAUAGUGAUAUUUCUAUUUUUGUUACUAGUAAGUGGAAUUUAUUUGUCCUUUGUUUUUUCCAGUAUUUUUUCUAUUGAAAAUAAAUGUUACAACUGCUACAUGCGUUAAAAAUCAUUAGAAUAAUUCCUGUGUGACAUUGCUGCCAAUAAUUCAGAACUGCCAACACAAACAUUUCUUUCAAUCAUAAUGUAGGCAGAAUGCACUGGAAAUGUGAUUUUGUGGCCUUCGACCCAUUCUAUUUUGGAAAACUGAC